AUGAAGCAGAAGGUGAAGGUGGUCGACGCCGAGAAAUCAGUGGAUCCAAUCUUUCGGAUCACUGGAGGACCUGGAAUGGAAAAGGAGGACUCGGAGAAGUCAUUGGAGCCAAAAGACGGUGAGUUGGUUUUUGAUGAGACUUUUGAUGAAACUGAAUCCUUUAUUUCAGACGGAUUCACGCUUUCCGACGAGGACGUUGAGGAGACCAACUGGCGGCUCAUCUACAUCACCGCCGUCGUCUCUUUCCUCGGAGCAAUCGAAGGGGCCGCCGUGCACAUGAGCGAAUGGCCGUACAUGCGGGAGAUUGACCCCGAUGCGACCGUCCAGUUCUUCGGAAUUGCGAGCUCCGCUUCCAAAGCUGCCCACGCAGUUUUCGUAUUGGUUUUCGCUGUUUGGAGUUUCAAAUACAAAACUAUCAAGUAAGAGAUACAUAUUCGUUUACCUUUUUCUUAUUGCAAAUGAACCCAGGUACCCACUGAUUGCCGGUCGUGUCAUCGCCAUCCUCGCUUGUGUUCUCUAUCUGUGCGUUGAGUUCGUUGACACUGGAAGACGCUAUCUCAUGAUGAUCUGCUACAUUCUGUUCGAUGUUUCCGGAAGUUCCCCAUCCAUCCUUCGUGCCUACAUUGCCGCAGUUUCGAUGCCCAAGGAUCGGUCAAAAGCAUUCGCCGCCAUGUCUCUUUCCAUGACUCUUUCCAUCAUUAUGGGUCCAUGUAAGCCAGAAAUUCUGCUGAAAAUGAUCUGAAACUCUUUUGCAGUGAUCCAAAUGGCGUUCACCACCAUCCCGUAUCCCGGGUAUACCAUCUUUCCGAAUGUCAAGUUCCACGUCUACUCCGCGCCCAUUUGGAUCGCCAACUCCACCAACUUCAUCUCGAUUGCAAUCAUCAUUUUCGGAAUGAAGGAGCUUCCCAGAAAACCAAAAAUGAAGAAGCGUAAGAGAAUUUUGACACAAUCACUCUAGACGAUGAAUUUCAGCCAAGAAGCCAUCAAUUCUUGAAUGGGAAGGAUUGAUGAUGAGAAUCGAGAAGGUGAAGAAGGCCAACAUCAACUGGAUCUUGGUAUUUGUUUGCUGGAUCGCCAAGUGCGGAAAGUCAAUGACCGCGAGAUCCAUCGGAACGUAAGCAUUCAUUUGCAGAGAUUAAACUACUUCUAAACUUCAGACUCAUGCCAAUUCUGAUGAUGGUUCAGUACGGAUGGACGGGCAUCGAAACUGUCAGAGUCACUUCCAUCCUCAUGGGCGGCUCCGGCAUUCUCUCGAUGUUCGUGAUCGGAAGUUUCAUGUUCUGCAAACUCGGCACUCGGUAAGAAAGAUCUUCCGAUCUCAUCGUCCUUCUGUAAUUCAGUGUGCAACCUCGGUACAUCUACCUCUUCUCGAUUACUCUUUUCGUGAUGCUCUACGUGGUGACGUACCCGUACAAGUCGAUCGGAGUGGCAGUUGCCACGUACAACGCGACCGACGGAGUUGGAUGUGACCCGGAGAAGUAUGCGUGGUGCGAGGGAGGGAUUGCUCCGCAGCCGGCAGUGUUCCUCUGCUGCAUGGUCUUCGUGUUCGGAAUGACAAUGCCCUCAUCGGGCAUCUCUUUAGACACCAUCUACUCGAAGAUUCUGGGCAACAUCGACCAGGUUCUUGAUAUCAUUUCUCCCAUCUCUCCAAUCAAUCAACCAGUUCAGAGUGUAAUGCAAGGCGCCGCCGUGAUCCUCGACGACAUCGUAAUGGUUAUCACACCGACCUACGCCUCGUGAGUGUUCUCUCCCAACACGUACAUGAUUCUUGACUUGCAGCUACAUUUACACCCUCCUCGGUCUCAAACCGCUUUGGAUCAUGAACGGAGUCAUCAUGUCGUUGGUCGUGUUCCUUUGGAUCGCAAUGCUUCGAAAGUUUAAACCCUAUGCAUAA